AUGAUUGCUGCCAGGAACUUUGUUGCUCCCGCCCGCCAAUGCCUGCGGACAACACGUGUGGCUCCCAGCCUCGCAUCUUCUCGCCUGCAGUUCCGUACCUACUCCGCCGCUGCCGAUGAGCGAGUUGCCAAGUUCAAGGGACAGAAGGGUUCCGAUGGAAAAUACACCGUGACUUUGAUCGAGGGUGAUGGUAUUGGCCCCGAGAUCGCUCAGUCGGUCAAGGAUAUCUUCUCCGCUGCGAAUGCGCCCAUCAAGUGGGAGCCCGUCGAUGUCACCCCUAUCUUGAAGGACGGAAAGACCGCGAUCCCCGAUGAUGCCAUUGAGAGUGUCCGAAAGAACUACGUCGCGCUCAAGGGACCCCUCGCCACACCCGUUGGAAAGGGUCACGUUUCUCUGAACCUUACCCUUCGCCGUACCUUCAACCUCUUCGCCAACCUCCGCCCUUGCCGCUCGGUCGCAGGCUACAAGACCCCAUACGACAAUGUCGACACCGUCCUGAUCCGUGAGAACACCGAAGGUGAAUACUCUGGAAUUGAGCACGUUGUCGUCGAUGGUGUCGUCCAAAGCAUUAAGCUCAUCACCCGUGAGGCUUCCGAGAGAGUCCUGCGCUUCGCCUUCCAGUACGCCCGCUCCAUCAACAAGAAGAAGGUCCGUGUCGUGCACAAGGCCACCAUCAUGAAGAUGUCCGAUGGUCUCUUCUUGAACACUGCCCGUGAGGUCGCCAAGGACUUCCCUGAUGUCGAAUUCGACGCUGAGCUGCUGGACAACUCUUGCCUGAAAAUCACCACCGACCCUACCCCCUACAACGACAAGGUUCUCGUCAUGCCUAACCUGUACGGUGACAUUCUUUCCGACAUGUGCGCUGGUCUGAUCGGUGGUCUCGGUUUGACCCCCUCUGGUAACAUUGGUGACGAGUGCUCCAUCUUUGAGGCUGUCCACGGUUCCGCUCCCGACAUUGCUGGCAAGGGCCUUGCCAACCCCACUGCUCUGCUCCUUAGCAGUAUCAUGAUGCUGCAGCACAUGGGCCUCACUGAGCACGCCUCCCGCAUCCAGACAGCUAUCUUCGACACUCUCGCUGAGGGCAAGGCUCUCACGGGCGACUUGGGUGGUAAGGCCAAGACCCACGAGUAUGCUGAUGCUAUCAUCAAGCGUCUGUAA